GCCGGCGGUGACGUCGGUGGCGGCGCGCAUGGAGCCGCCCGCGGAGCCCCGGCGGGGCGGCAGAGGUGCCUGGCAGUAGAUGUGAGGUGAUUUAGCCUGGCUUUCACCACAGCCUGGCUCCCUGGCAACUGAUGAUGAGUUUGACCCCUUCCAGAGGAUGCCUCCUGGAUCUGCCCUGGGAAGACAUUCUGGUUCCACAUAUCCUCUGCCACCUGCCACUGCAGCAGCUCCUGAGCCUGCAGAGGGUCAGCAGGUCAUUCCAGUCUCUCAUCCAGCUGUAUCUGGCCAACAUGCACUGCUUUGACUCCAGCAAGAUUGGACCUGCCAUUCCUAGAGCUGCUUUCGUUAACCUGCUGAAGGACAACGAAGUAUUGCAUCAGCUGGCGCUCCAGAACUGCUCUGACUGGCUGACGGACCGGGAGCUGCUCCCGGUCAUCGGGCAGAACCACCACCUGCAGCAGAUCCAGCUGAAGGGCUGUGCCCAGCUCAGCCGCCAUGCGCUGGUGGCCAUCUCGCUGAGCUGCCCCAAUCUGCGCCAGCUCUCCCUGGCUCACUGUGAGUGGGUGGACAGCCUGUCCCUGCGCAGCCUGGCUGACCACUGCAAGGUGCUUGAGGCCGUGGACCUGACGGCCUGUCGCCAGCUGAAGGAUGAAGCCAUCUGCUAUCUGGUGCAGAAGUGUGGCAAGCUUAAGUCUGUCUCACUGGCUGUCAAUGCCAAUGUGGGUGAUGUGGCAGUGGAGGAGAUUGCUAAGUGCUGCCCUGAACUGGAGCACCUGGACCUCACAGGCUGUCUGCGAGUCAAAAAUGACUCCAUCAGGGUCCUGGCUGAGUACUGUCCCAAGCUGCGCUCGCUCAAGGUGAAGCACUGCCACAAUGUGGCUGAAUCCAGCCUGAGCAUCCUCCGAGGCCGCGGAGUAGAGCUGGAUGUGGAGCCUCCGCUGCAGAGGGCCCUUGUUCUCCUGCAGGACGUGGUUGGCUUUGCCCCUUUCAUUAACCUCCAGAUCUAGAACUGCUGCUGCUGGGGGUGGGGAGGGGAGGGGGUGGAUACGAUACUGGGAUCCCAGGAGGAUGCCAGAACCGGUUGCUGCUGAGGCACGCGGAGAGAGGUCGUCCCAUUGGUGAGGCUGGCCUGCGUGGGGCUCACUCUUCUCUCUGGGUGUUCACGAGUGUGCUCUGAUGGUGUCUCCUGGGGAAGUAACUCCCUCUGCAAUAGCAUGCAGAGAGCGAGUGACUUGCAGGAACACCAUGGUGCUGAACAGGCCUUGGCCAGGCCAGCCAGUAGAUAGGACUUAUUAUUUGUUCUAUUUUAAAACUUAAGUGGCAGCUGUCCAAGGAGCAGGAGAGUGUUUGAUGGGGACUGUGGAGUACUGUCCCUUAAGGUGGGUGUGCAGGGCAUGCCUGAAGAACUGUUGGGAACAAACUUAGCUAGCUGGAGCAGAAAGGAGAGAAGCUGCCAGUCCUCCUCUUGGAGAGGGCAGGCCCCUCUGAGCUCGGGGAGAGGGGGCAGUGUGAGCACAGCUCCAGGCGGCAGCAACUGGCUAGCUGGCAUGAAAGGGCUGGCAGGGGCCCAGCUCAGGCAGCAUGUGUCCGUCUAGGCCUAGCUGCUUGCCCCUGGGCACUGCUUCAGGCCAGUGCAAUGGAGUUGUUCUCUGGUACUCUGGGGCAAUGGGCUCCUGCUGCAGUUUCACUAGAGGAAAUACACCAAAUCUAGCUAUGCUGUCACUGAAAGCAGUUGAUAGUUGCUGCUCAUUUCUUCUAGAUUCUGAUUUAUACUUUGGUUAGUGCCCAGGCCUUCUGAAACUCCAUCCUGCUCCAUGUCACAAGGCUGUGGCUUUUGCACUCAACAGUGGUGAGAGAAAUGGCAGGGGCCCUGGCUGUAUUUUCAACUGCAGUUUAUGCAAGCUGUGUUGGCAAGAGUGGCCUAGCUCUGGUCUAAAAUCCAACCUCCACCCUUGUAGCCACUAGGUGCUUAACCAAACAGCAGCUGCCUCUCGUGGAGAGCAUGAUGAAGACAGUGGUUAAGAUAAGAGAGGGCAACCCUGCUCCUCUCCUUGGCCCAGGAAGCGUUGAAGGCAGUGUCUGUAAAGCACAUGCACUCUCCAGCUGAACUACACACCAACUCACAUGAUCUUUAUUAAACACUAGCACUCAUUUUAAAACAACAGUGCAUACAGACUUGUAAGAAGCUUGUUGCAAAAGCACAAGCCAUAUCUUAGAUCUAAAAAUGUCCCAUGCAAGGAGUAAAGGAGAAAACCCAUGACCUGGACAGCUGUUGCCCUGUGCCCUAGGGUGGUGGGACAGCUACGCACAGAGAGAAGGCCCCUCCUUGUCAUCUGGGUUAGUUGGAGAAGCUGAAAGCAGUGUCCUGGCUCCCAGGUUAGUUCCAAUUAGUGGAGGGUAGAAGAGUCCCUUCUCGUCGCUAGUGCCACGUGUCCAUCCUUCCAUGCCCAAGCCAGUGAGGCAGAGGCUGAAGAGCAGGAGAGACUGGCUGUCAGUGGAACUUGUACUUCCUGGCUGGUUUGAGGCUGAUGUAAGUCCUCUUCAUCUCCUCGCUCUCUGGCUUCUUUAUGUCUUUGUACCUCUCUCCCUUUGUACUCACCACUUGGUUAUCAAUAUAGCGGAUCAGCUUCUUGGGAGCCUGCAGAAGAAAGACAUUGACACUAAGUGGACUGUCAUACUGCUGGGGAAAGGGAAGGGCCAAGCACAAGCAGGGCAUGCCUGGGGUGGCCAGCCAGACUGGGAUGGACUGAGUUACCCAUCACGUGUGCUGGGAGCCCAAGUCAAAAAUGGGAGGGAAGCUGUCUGGUGGGGUGGAGGCAGGAGCCAUGCUAGUCAGGAGUGGUUAAGUUCAGCCAGACCUUGCAGCACCCCUUAGCUAAACUCAUUUUUCCUCUUUGCUGACUAGUGGUCCUGUGAAUGUUCCUUCCUUGCGACUGCCCAUCUUCUUUUUGGGCUUGCAGUCAGCUUUUUAGACAUUAUAGCCAAAGGACUUUCAAAGAGCUGGUGAGCUAGGUCUGCUCUUCUCACCUCUUUUGGUGGAGCUGGCCGAUGUGUUUUCUGAUCUUCUGCGCUAUCCACCAUCAUGUAUCUGAAACACAGUAAGUUUAGCAAAUUCUACGACGUGUUGCCUAGAGCUGCUCAGAGCCUAUGUCUUCUCUGGCUGGUUUGUGGCUGUGCAAUGUGUACUACUUGCCUAGACUGCAGCUAGGAGCACUUAAGGUUUCCCUCUGUGUGAAACAGAAGUUUCGUCCCUUUGUAGGAAAGAAGUGUGCCAUCCUUCUAGUAAGAAUCCAGAAGGAUUCUCCUGGAGUAGCAUCCAUGGACGUUUGUGAACAAUAUCAAAACUCAGGCUGCUGAGACAAUGAAGGCAGCCCUUGUUGAAUGAAGAAAAGUCUAGUCUGGUAUUUAGGCAGACUUGCUCCUUUUCAGCCUGAGUGAUGGCAGCUGAAGGAGACAAAAGUAAGAUCCACACUGCACAGGGCUGAGCUGGCUGCUUCUGCCCUGAGGAGAUGGUGUGCCUUUAAAGCUCCGUGUACUACUUGAGUAGGAAGCGGGUUUGAGCUGGAAGCAACUUCAUAAAAGUAUCACCUCAUUCCCUAUGUGACUGACAUACCAGGGCCCAAAUAUUUGCUUGCUGUACUGCUGGGUUACUGCUCUUGAGACUUUGGAGCUGGUUCAAUAGGGGGACAGUGCAGCUGACUGUGACUUUUCCCUCAGUAAUUAAUAUAGUUGCUCCUGUAUAUAGUCAACUAUGGUGAUCUGCUCUCUGUACCUGUGCUUGAGUGAUGUUUGAAGCACAGGAUGUUGCCAAAAUGUCAUUAAAGUGAAGUUCCCAGAAA